AGAAAUUGUAGUUUUCAUUCUGUGAAUAUUUGCCUUUUAGCGGAAUCGAUCUGAUAGGCAAACACCGUUCACUUUCAGGCUUACCUCACGAUUCAAUAGCAUAAUAUACAAGUUUUCCAAUGACAUUAUCCCAGUACAGAUCGAGUCCUUAAAGUGUUAGCUCACAGACCGAGCCUUUAAAGUGUUCGGUUAGCUCAAAGCCCGUUCCUUGGGAGGAGAAACGGCCAUUACGACAAGAUUUGCAUAAACACAUGAACUCUGCGUCGCGUUACGAUGACUUGGAGACGGCUGAGGUAUCGAGUAACAUUCUGUCGUGUACGGGCUCUGCUGUGUGGUGGUGACCAGAGAAUGUAGCUCGUUUUUUGUUGGUUGAGUUCGUUGCUCCUCGUGCCCCAGGAAGGAUCUCUCGUGUGGAUACGUGGAUGAGGGAAAUGAAAAAGGCUGUUAGAUUCCGUGAUCUUGGCUUGAUUCAGGAAGAAGAUGGGCAAGGGGAAAUAACUCUCAGCGUCCCACAGGUACCUGUUUCUUCCCUUGACCCCAAAGUGGACACCGCCACAGCCACCCCAGCAGAGGGUCAAGGGGUCAAGGAGGCGGACAACAAGCCAGUGUCCUGCCCGUUUGGGGAUCGCAUCGCGCGCGAGCGAGUGCAGAAGGAAGAGAAAGAGAAUAAAGAUUCUGAUACCGCGGAGGUCGAGAGCAAGGGGAGUGAGGAGGAGAAGAAGUUUCCCCAGAAUAUCAUCCAAAUCCAAGCCCAGGAGAAAGAGAAAUCUGCGAAAAGAAGGACGACAGCAGGUGUUAACCCGAACGCUGGGAAAGAGAGAGGGACGUCGUUCAUAAUAACGAGGAAUUACUUGUGUUCGUUCACGGAGAACUCAAUCAAUCUCCAGCCAGGAGGUCUUUAUAAGAAGACGAUCGAAGUAAACAGGGCGUCUCCUAAUCAGGCCGCCACUUCCGGACAAAUACUUGUCUUACCCCCGUCUGUUUCCGCGGAUUUUUCGGACUCUCGUCAAGACGUCAGUGAUCUUCCCGGUCAGAAUCCAUAUCCACAGGAGCAGUAUCGAGCUUCGCCUGAUCAGCUCACUUCAUUGCAAACUCAGUUUUCAGUAAAUCCCCAAGAUCCAGUUAAACAACAGGAGCCAACAGUCUACCGCCCUGACCCUGUCCUUUCAAGAACAGUCAACCCUCAUUUGGCGCCAAGUCUCCAGCUGUAUGGCAGUGCUGCCUACAACUUGAAACCCACUCCCCAGGAAUAUUUAUCCAAACAAGACGUUGUUUCAUCCAGCAGGGUCAACCAGUACCUUCAUCGGUCUCCUGACUCCAAGUGUCUGAACCAAGUUAAGGAUCUGUCCGUACCCCGUCCAGUUCCAGAAACUGUGAACAUUUCUGACAUUUCAGUUAUUCACCAGGAUUCAGAGGGAGAAACAAGUGGACUCGUUGACGAAUCUGAAGAAAACCAGCCGUCUUUACAGUUCUUGCGAGAAAACUUUGCCCCUCCUGUUCCAAUAUCAAAGACAGCACUAUACCAUAUAGGAGAUACAUCUACUUCUUUAGACAAGACAACUUUUCAAACAACGGAAGCACCUCCACAGAUUACACACUCAAUCAGCACACCUUCCCAGAGUACUUCUUUACCUUGUCUGAGCACCCACCAACCACCCGCUGUUCUACUUCCUAGACCACCUAGUUCCCCUUCGCCUUACUCCUCAGCAACCCAUCAGCAGGCGAGCCCUCCAGACGCCACGAAAAUGAGUUCCCACAUGCAUUAUGUGGGCGCGAACACGCAGUACCCGUCCGCCACCCAGCGGCAAGGGGGACGUGCAGGCACCAUGAAAAUAUCGUCCAGCAUGAAUCAUGUGAGCGGAAACCCAGGGAAUUACAUCACACUGUCCUACCCAUCAGCCACCCAACGGCUGGCGAGUCCUUCAGAUGCCACGAAAAUGAAUUCCAGCAUGCCUUACGUGAGUGGGAAUACGAUGAACUACCCAAGCAUCUCCUCCCAGUACCCGUCAGCCACCCAGCCUCAGGUGAGCCGCCCAGGUGCAACAAACAUGGCGUCCAACAUGAGUUACGUGAGCGGGAACCCGGGGAACCCCUCGAGCAUCGCCAUGACCUACCCAUCGGGGAACCAGGUGGCUGCGAGUCCCCCAGUUGCCACGAACAUGGCGUCCAACAUAAAUUACGUGAGCGGGAUCCCGGAGAAUUACACAAUCUCCAUGUCCUAUCCAUCAGCCACUCAGCCGCAGGCGAGCCGACCAGACGCCUCGAACAUGGCGUCCAACAUGAUUAACGUGAGCGGGAAUUCGGAGAUCUACACCAGCGUCUCCCCCAUCUCAAUGUCCUAUCCAUCAGGCAUCCAGCCAGCAGCGAGCCAGACAGACGCCAUGAACAUGGCGCCCACCAUGAGCUACGUGAGCGGGAACCCGGGGAACCUCACAAGCAUCUCCACGGCCUACCAAUCUGGCAUCCAGCCAGCGGCGGGCCCUUCAGGCCCCACCAUAAUGGCGUCCAACUCGAAUUAUGUAGGCGGGAGCGCAGAGAUUUACAGCACCAUCUUCCCCACCUCCCGAGUUCAAGAAAAGGAGGAGCUUCAGCGUCUGAAUGACAGAUUCUCUGCCUACGUGGCCCGAGUCAGACAGCUGGGCCAACAGGCCAACAACGUGGACACGUCCGCUUUCCUGCAAUCGACCAAAAUCCUGGAGGAUGAGAUUGCCAACCUCAAGAAUAUGUACGAAACCGAGCUGGAGAACUUAAGGAAAGAGAUCGAGGCCAGCGCCCAUGAGCGGCACUCACUGCACAACCAGAAUAACAAGCAACAGAAGAUUGUGGGCGAACUCCAGGACAGAUUGGCCAUUGAGACUGAGAAAUCAGCCAAAUUCAUGGAUGAGAUCAACCUCUUGCAGCAAAAGUUAACCCUUUUGGAAGGGCACUUAAAGGAAUUUCAGAUUGCAGCCCAGAGGCCUAAAGAGAAUGUGGACCAGCUGGAGAGGACCAUUGAGAACCUAACACGAGAAGUGGACCAGUGGAAACACAGGUAUGAACAUGAGCAAGUGGCCAGGCAAGAGGCAGACGGGCGAGCCCAACAGUUUAUGAAGAAAAUGGAGUUUUCAGAACAAGUCCACAACCAGCAAGCCUCAGACUACCAGUCCCGACUGGACACAGCCUCAGCCAGUAUAGUUAGCUUGGAGGCUCGCGUGCGAGAGUUGAGCGUAGCGGACGUGAGUGUGACUGAGAUGCUGAAGCAAGUGAGAGAAACCGCUGAGACGGAACUGAAGAAGUUUCAAAUAGAGUCGGAGGAACAGUACAACAGAAAUCUUUCUGCUCUCAAAGCUCAGAUUGACAACGAUGCUGACUGUUUACUAAGGUAUCAGACCGAGAAAAGUGAGCUCAUGGGGAAUAUCGGAGAACUGCAGGCCAAGAUCCGCAACCUGGAAGGCCAGGUUAUCAACUUACAACAUCAGAAGCAGACGUUGGAAGAUGCUGUUUCUGUGGAGAGGAACAGAUCUGCCGACAACAUACAAGGCUUGGAGAGAAAGUUGCGAGAAGUUCAAGAUAUACUGGUGGUCAAGAUGAGAGAGAUUACCAAUGCGCGAGAGGCCAACAUUCCUCUCAAGGCUGAGAUCGAAGCACUGAAAGUCAUUCUGGAGGAGGAAGAGAAGAGACUGCGGGUUCCCCUGGGUAUUGUAUCGGCUCAGGUCAUCCCGACCAGCGCUCCGCCACCUGUGACCCCAGUUCUAAUGACCUCAGCCUCGAUGACCUCCGCCCAGAAGGUCCCCUUGGUCCAGCGCCCCCCCACCCCUGUACAGCAGUCUCCUGCUCCUGUCCAACCGACUGUGGCCUCCGUCCAGCCAUCUCCAGCCACUGUCCAGCAGUCCCUCGCCUCGGUCCAACAGCCGCUUGUCUCUAUCCAGUCUCUCCCCCCUAUGCAACCCCCUCUUCCCCCACUGAGUGCGCCUGCUGGGUCAGGCCUGACCUACCCGCUGUACCCGUACAUUCCCUCCCCGCCACUGGACACAUUGUACAUCCCGGAGGCUCUGCAGUCCAACGAAGAGAGUUCGUAUUACGACCCGUACAUCCAAGGCUUCUCCUUGCCGAUGAGCGGCCCACGCUAUCAUUAUGAGACCACGCCCAGCAUCAACAGGCUGCAGAUGCAGUCACCGCCUGCGAUAAGCCCAAGGGCAAUAGGACCUGUCAGAACCUACUCUGCUCCUGCCAAUGCCGGCUGUAGUUAUGGAGCCUCGGAGUCAGCCGGGCAGAUUGGGCAGAAAGCUGCAGGAUCAACAAGCAAAAGAAACGUCAAACUGAUCCCUGCAUGUCUUGGCUCGGGCCGAGACUAUUUCGAUGACAUGUUCCAUGACCUUCAAAGCAGCACUCUCUUUUCUAAGCCUCGUCCGAAGAGCAGCCCACUUGAGAGAAUGCCCUCCACCUUUCACGAUUACACAGUGUCGACAUCGAGCGCCAUCGGAGACCUCAAGAUCCUUGAGAUCAACCAAGACGGGAAGUUUGUCCGGCUGGUCAACGAUGGACCCACGGGAACCAAAGAUAUACUGGCGAUGAUGAGAGUUUAACUGAAUUCAACAUGGACGUCAACGGGCCCAGACCGGAUCCUGUCUACUUGAAACGUGAGAAACAACAACGCCUGAGCCUGGGAGCCACCAAACACCCCCACGGCAACAGUCCUUGUGUCGGCGUCCACCCCCAGACUGGACAGCAGCGCCCUCUUCGCUUCGGCAAUGACAACAGCAGCGUCAACAGGCAGUCGCGGACGCAGACCACCAGGCCUGACCCUAUCCCAGGCCAGCCGUACGCUGGAGCACCUGCCCAGCGCGUGGGUAGCGCCCCCUUGAGGAAGAUGGGCUGCAACCAGCCUCCCAUAAUACGAGGCAACGGAACUCUAGCCAACAAAUCGAUGGAACCCGGAGAGACCUGUGAGGGUCCCAGUGCGUUCAUGAAACCCCACACGCGCUUCGAUGCAGGAGUGGACCAAGUCCGGUCGCAGCACCACCACGACUUCCUGCCCCCGAUGCCCCGCCCACCACAGGCAUCUUGGUGAACACCUGGACUCCGGCCCAGCUUCUGGCGGUCCGUCUCUGGCUGUUUCGCUUUCGAUCUGAUGACAGAGUCCUCGGCGCUCGGGGGCUUUGGGAAUGCGUUGUAUAACAGAAGCUAGGGUCGAAAUAGCCGCGGUUCCACUUUUCGCAAAAAGACAAACAACAAACAAAAAUUUUCAAAAGAACGAAAAAGGAAAGAAAGAAAGGAAGUAAGCAUUUCACAGGUUUUCAACAGUUUUAGAAAAUAAUAUGUAAGUUAUUGUAAGCAUUCGGUUGAGUUAUUACAUUUUUAAUAUUGUGUAAACAAUUAAAGUUUAUGCUAAAAAAAAAUUGUGAUUAAAAUGUAUAAUACAUUAUUUCUCGUAUCACGACAGUGCUGAAUGUUCUUUAAAAGAAGUUAAAUAUUAUAAAAUGGAAUAGAAGGAGUACAUACGACGAAGGACUAGUUAACUGAAUUGCAGUCUGCCUGUUGGACUGUCUCUGUUUUAGGGGUCAUAUUUUAAAGUAAUUGAUCUUCCAGUUGAAUGGGACAUCAUUUGGUUCCUUAGAAAAUUGUCUUACUUUAAAAGUAGAAGUGCCAAUUCAUUGACAUCAGAAUUUUGCAAAUGCAGGGAAAAAACACCCCCAAGUUCUAGACACAUUAUGUUAUCUUAAAUAGACUCUUGCUUUCGGAAAACAUUCAGAGAUGCUUACACAUGGACUGUUUGUUGAAAAAUCUGUGAUAAAAAUUGACUUCAUGUUUGUUUUACUCUCUGAAGACGGAUAGAUAUAAUCAUUAUUAUAUUGAUGCUGACUGCUGUAAUAUUAUUUUCUUACAUUUAUGUAAAAAUAUGUUUAGAACCCAUUUUGUCAUUUUUGGUCUGUUUACAACCAUUGCUCUAAGAAAUGGUUGAAAAGCCUGUACUGGGGAGACUUCAUUUUCUUUCUUCUUUUUUUUUUGCGAUCCUUUCAUGAAUUAUUGCUCAUGUAGAUUUUAACCUUUGUUCUGUGAGAAAAAAUGAUUAAUUUCAUAAACCUUUUCAAUGUUUUUGUCUCACGGUGCUUACGAUAGCAUUUUGUGAGAAAUAUCUCAGAUGACAUGACAUCACGGGCUGUCUCAAGACACACACACACAACACACCUGUACACACAUAUAUGCACGUAAAGAAACAAUCAUAAUACUCCAAGAGCAAAGCAAGACACUUACAAAACAAACAAACCAAAAUCAGUUAUAUAUAUAUUGUAAAGUCUAUAUCUAUAUAGGCUCAUGUAGGUAUAAGUGAAACGAUUCAGGCUGUGGUUAUUUUUGUGAUGUGAUCGUAUAUUAUUUUAAUUUAAACAGACAUCUUAUUGGUCUGAAUGAUGGUUAAUAUUUUUAUUAAUUCAAUAUUCAGUCUAUUAACUCACUUGAUUUUAAUGCGACUUCUAUGCAAGAAAAAAUAAGUAAAAUAGUGAGUUAUGUACGAGGUAAAGAUUUGUAUGCUUCUGUAUUUGUAUUAUGAAACAUUUGAUUACAACAACUUGAACAAGGUACCUAUUGUGUAAACCUUUGUACAAGCCGGAAUGAUGUGUGUUACAAGCGUCAUAUACUUCUAAAUUUCAAUUAUUGUUUUUUCGCUGCGACUGAUGAAGUGCUAAUGCAACUCACUAAGAGGGAAAAAGAGAUUAAGAGUUCUACCAGGUUAUUUAUCUCUCUCGCACAUGACUCAAAUAUUAUAUCAUGAUUUUGUGAGUGAAACUAAGUGUGUAUCCAAAGUCUUGAUAACAAAGAAAAUUAUAAGAAUGUCUAUUUACUAUAAGAACAAAAGUAUUUGCUUUUAGAGAAUAGCUCUUAGAGUCUUUCCUUAUUUUGUCACUUUCAAAAUCCACUUUGCUAUUUGCCAGUCAAGAGUCAAGAAUUGCUGAUUCCAGAUCAUUCAAUGUCCAUUCUGAACCAACACACACAUUUCUUCAUUGAAUCAAACAUUUUUCCUGUACUAUUUUAAGUUACUCUCCUUAUGUCACUCUAUGCAUCAAUUGUCAGUUAUUUGUUUUACCAAUUUGUCUCGCUUACUUUAUUUCUAUGGAUGAACUGAAAUUACUCCCUGUGUUUGCUCUAGUUUAUUAUAAAAAUGUUGUCUGUUAAAGCAAUGAGUGCCUUCUCAUUUGCCCAAAACCUGUGACGUAAUUCAAACCGUCCUUGAGCCCAAAAUAUAUUGAUGUGACCUUGUAAUGUUGCCACAUUUAUCUAGUUUUUAAGACUUUUCAUUUUUUAUACACGUUUCCAGUAUGCUAAAAUAGCUACCAAUAAGCCGUCCAACCUUUUAUGAUUUUCUGAUAAAAUGAGGGAAUGAAUAAAUUAUAUGAAUAAUACUUACUAUUAGUGAACUAGCGUCUAAGCAAUUUCUUUUAUUAAAUAAAUCAUCUUGAAAGAAACUG